GCCAAUCAACUGCCGCGCUUAUUCUACUUCGAUGAUACGAACAAAACCGGCAGUACGCCUCUUCACCGCUUCACCGCGGGAGACAGAACGGCACCAGAACAGCAUCCGAGCCGCACCGACAGCCCGCUUACACACCGCCCGCCAGCCUCACUGUCGUUCCCUAAUGGCAACGGAGGACAAAGGAAAAACGGCGGCGCCUCAGGCUUUACCGGAAACGGGAUCCCUCUCAGCAACGCACAGCAAUCUGAACAAUAAUAACAACAACAAUAAUAACAACAAAGACAACGAGGGAAGCGAAGGAGCCACAACAGCCACAUCUACUGCUGUUGAAUCCGGCGGGGCUGAAAAUAUCAUAGGAAACGGUUCAGCUGUUAAUACUGCCGGAGGCAAUAACGGUAAAUGGGUCCGUCUCAACGUCGGGGGGACGGUGUUUCUAACGACACGACAAACGCUGCUAAAGGAGCAGACUUCGUUUCUGUACCGACUGUGUCAGCAGCAGGACUUGCAUUCUGACACGGAUGAAACUGGUGCUUAUGUGAUUGACCGAGACCCUACCUAUUUUGGUCCCAUACUGAACUAUCUGCGACAUGGGAAGCUGGUUUAUAACAAGGAGUUGGCAGAAGAAGGUGUCUUGGAGGAGGCAGAAUUCUACAACAUCACACCGCUGAUUAAAUUAAUCAAAGAGAGGAUUCUUGAGCGAGACUCCAAGGCCACACAGCAGGUACCACCAAAACACGUGUACCGGGUGUUGCAGUGUCAGGAAGAGGAGCUGACCCAGAUGGUGUCCACCAUGUCGGACGGCUGGAAGUUUGAGCAGGUCAGCGUGCGCGCCUGCCGAAAACCCCGCCCCGGACUGCUCUGGACUAUGGUGAACAUUGGCUCAUCUUACAGCUACGGAACAGAGGACCAGGCUGAAUUUCUCUGUGUGGUGUCAAAAGAGUUGCAUACCUCGGGUGGAGGUUUGGGGACAGAGCAGAGCCACAAGACUAAGACCUCGGACACACAGGAGGAAGAUGGAGCGAGGGAGGAAGAGGAGGAGGAGGAUGAGGAGGAGGAAGUGGGAGAGAGAAAUGCCACCCCCAAUGAGUGGAUUAGAGAUUAGCAGAAACUUGUGUCAAAGGAAUUGCUGUUCCAGAUCCAUGGGUCCCGGAUGUAGGAUACAAAGAAUUUUAUUUUUCUAGAUACCCAUUUUAUCAUGUGCUCAUGAUGCUGUUUUUAUAGCCAUACUUUUUUAGAUUUGUUGACUUGAACAACGGGUAUUAGCGGGAGAUAAGAACUUCACAUCCAGCAGCAAAAAAUGUCAUUGUUUUAAAUUGAAAUGUUCCUGAAAACAAAAGUCACUUAAGGUAUUAAAAGAAAGACACAGUUACUUACAGUUACUAUCUUAGUACAUGGCCUGUUACCAAAGAGUGCAACCUAGUUAUGGGAUAAAACUUCAGUAAAUAUAAUGCAUUUAAACAAAAACUAAAGAAUUUAGUCUGGUUUAGUCAGGAAAUACAUUGUCAUCAAUGAUGGAAAGACAGUAAUCAUUUAUGUAGUAUUUAGGGUUUAGGUUUUGCACAUUUACUGUUGUAGAAAAAGGGCGGCUCUGCUACAUGAACAAGUCAUGUCCUGUUCCAUUUAGCAUCAGCUUAGGGUAAAGUGCCAGCAGUGUCACCCUGGCAGACCACCAGCACUGCACUUUAGCCCCAUUUACAGUCUGCGGCAGUUCAUUUUGAUAGUCGUUGGCGCCAACUAGAAGGUCAGGGUGUCAUAGAGGUCACUGGGAUAUUGUGGUUCUGGUUGUGUUUGUAUACCGUAUAUGGAUUUUUAAUAGGUUCUAGGCUCAGUUUACUUAAAAUGAAGUUCAGAUAAUGUGCUGGAAUAUGAUACUGUGUCACUUGCUAAUGUGUUUUGUGUGAAGGCUAGAUUUCUUUCAAAGGAACAAAGCCUGGCAAUCAAAAUCGUUCAAAUCAACAUGCCUCAAUUCAACAAAUGAUCAAGCACCUUUUGCUCCCUUAGCAUUCUUUGGGAUUUUUAUGUGCUGUGGGCUGGUUUGCAUGCCUAAGCUUGUUUAUUAUUAAAUAUGCUUAAAAAUUUUGCACAAAUUUGUGAAGAUACAGUGCCCCAAAAACAUGUUUGGACACUUAAGCCACAGUUAAACAUGGAUGAAUGUGAUUGCAUUAUAUAGCAAACCAAGUGGCUGAUGGCUCAAGCACACUUUAUAAGCAAAACAUUUCAGAAAAGGAAGUUUAUUAGAAUUUUGUAGCUACUUUAAUAGGACACCUAUGUUAACCAUGAGGAACUAGUUUCAUAUAUCAUAUAUCAGGGCACCAGACAAAAAAAAAAAAUCAUCAAUUAAGGAGCCAUUGAUGUUGUACUGUAAUACAGCAAUAAGCCCCAAGAAGCCGAGUUUUACUGUGAAUUUAGAACAGCUAAGGGGCGUUAUUAGGUACGACACGGACCAGAGUGCCUAAAACCCUCUUAGCUGUUAUAAAUUCUCUGUAAACCACGGCCUCACGGGGCUUCUUGCUUUUAUAAAACGGUUAUUCCAUAUACGUAACAAGGUUUCACAAAAUAAAACAAAGUAAAUAAAAUGUAAUGAUAUUAAUAAAAAUAUUCUUUCGCCAAACAAUGUAGUUCCUCAGAAACUGUUGUGGUUGCAACAAAGUGGUUGCCGAGUAACAUGCAGGAACAGAGAGGUGUAUGUUUGUAGAGUAAUUUACAACAGCUUAGAACAUGGCUCAACCAAUCAAAAAAUCAAUGAUCGGAACUAUCCGUUUUAUAAUCUUAUGAAAUAGCCUACCUUUUGAUGUUCAUUCAUGUUUCGUACUAUAGUAGUAAAGAUAAAGAUAUGAUGGGUUCACAUGCUGCUUGACCUGAGGCACUAAAGCGAUUGCUCGUGCCGCAUUAAAGAGCGUUUGAAUUUUGUUAUGAAUUAGGCAGAAUUUUAAAGCUGAUAUUUAUUAAAAUGUAACAGAACUAGUGCUGUCAAUCGAUGAAAAAAUUUAAUUGCAAAUUUAAAAUUCUAGGAUUUACCUGUAAAUGUGUUGAAAAAGAAAUGCAUGAAACUAGUUUAAGGGAACAGAACCUUUCACACUUCCCCCAGGUAUGAGACAUAAUCCUUAUUAUUCUUUUAUCAUUAUUAUUUUGUUUUUAUUCAGCCAUUAUCAGCCUUUAUACUGGCAAUAAAACGUUUACCAAGCCAUAUCCCUUCAAUCCCAGUAUACAUUUUCCCAACUAUUAUCAAAAGUAUUUCUAAGUAAAUACAACAAAACAUUUCUUGCGACCUUACGUGAAGUAUUAUGACAAAAUGCAUUAUGAAGAAGAAUUGGACCUGUUCUGCAGGUGCAUUAGAGCUAACAUUAGCAUCAUGCUACAUAAGACAAUUUAUGAGAUUAAUAGUACACUUUUACUCAGAACUCACUUCAAACCACCAUCGAAUGUUUGUAAUAACUUCCUUUUACGAUCAUAUGUGGAAUUUGGUCGUUUACUGUUGUUAAAAUGUUAUUUAUAGCCUUUUAUAUCGCUGUACAAAUUAGCAUAGAUGUACACAUUCACCUCAAGAAAAUCACAUACAAAUAUCCUAUCGUAAUCGUGUGUUUAUUAUCUUAUAUAAUCUAUAGUGGCUGUUGUCAUGUUUAUUUCUGCUGCUCUGCUGAAACUCACGUUGUUUGUGAUGUUACCGCCUCUCUGUUCUUAAGUUGCCAGGGAUACAUUCCAAGUAUAAUACACAUUAGUAAAAAGAUCUAUUUUCAUUUUUAUUUGUCUAUAUACACUUUGGGCGGCCGCGGUACAUUAUAAAAGUAGCCCAAAAAACCGCAACCCACAGCUCUGUAAUUCUUUCCUGCGACUGUAUUUUCAAAAUAGCCCACUUGUGCCGUUGCCCUGGCAACACUGAUUUGCUGUACCCUCAUCACACAAUGAUAGAUAACCUUCCGCGCUGCGAUGACGGGAAGAAGUUGGGGUCAAACCUUAUCAAACGAUUAAUUUGCACUAAAAAAAUAUUAACGCGUUACAUUUUUUGGAUUAAUCGCACGUGUUAAAGUUGACACCCCUAAACAGAACACAAAGCUUAUUGCGAUUACUGGACGGCAAGUACACUACAAAUAAUAUGAAGUUCACGCAUCAACAUAACACGGCAUAUAGACUAAAGAUCUUGAGAAGCCAUAGUAUCGAUUAUAAACGAUAAUUGUCAAUGAUAUUGCCAAUAUCCACAUAGCUGACAGCUUUACCUGUUGUAGUUUGUUCAAGUUAGCAGGUGUGCCGUCAGCGCCGGUGUUCAGCAGAGAUGAGGAUGGUUUUUCCACUAAAACUUUGAUGCGCAUCAUCUCAGUUUAACAACAUAAAAGAUGUCAUCGCAAAACAAUCAGGAAAAAAGGCAUUACAUGCAAAUUUUUAAAGGGGUCAUAUGACGCGAUUUCAUGUUUUCCUUUGUCUUUGGAGUAGUGCUGUCAAACAAUUAAUCGCCUCCAAAAUAAAAGAUUUUGUUUACAUGCAUAUAUGUGUGUGUACUGUGUACAUUUAUUAUGUGUAUAUAUAUAAAUACACACACAUGCAUGUAUAUAUUUAAGAAAAAUGUUAUGUUUAUAUUUUAAAUAUAUUUAUAUAUAAUAUAAAUGAUAUCAAUAAAUAUAUACGUGUACAUGUGUGUGUAUUUAUAUAUACACAUAAUAAAUAUACACAGUACACACACAUAUUGUGUAAACAAAAACUUUCAUUUUGGAUGCGAUUAAUCGCGAUUAAUCGUUUGACAGUACUACUUUGGAGUAUUACAAGCUGUUCAUGCACAUAUAAGAUCCUUAAAGUCCCAAAGAUCAAAGUCUCAAACCCAAAGAGAUAUUCUUUCUAAAAUUUAAGACUCAUCCACGCCCUCCUAAAAUGCCUCAUUCAAACAAGCCCACACGUAUCUACUUCACUGUGUGGGAAGAUUUGCAUAACACUGCACAAAUGUUUAUGCGAAGAAGCCGUAACUGUUGUUCUCGCUGUAGUAUUGUUGCAAUCGCCGCCAUGAAAGCAGAUAUUCCAAAUAUGGUAAGGGGCAUAACAUUUCCGUCACAAACUUAAGGUACUCGGCCAAUCACAACACACUGGAUAGUUGGCCAAUCAGUGCUUUUCAGAACGAUGAACUUUGUAAAAAUCGAUAGUUUCAGAAAGGCAGGGCAGAGAGGAGCAACAAUAAUAUAAAGUUUGUGGAAAAUAAUGUGUUUUUUGAACCUUAAACUGCGUAAAAACACAUUGCAUUACACCAAAUACACCAAAUAAUUUUCUUUUAAGCAACGUCAUAUGACCCCUUUAAAUCAUAGCAUGUAAAGUCGCCAGUGGCGAUCUCAGCAAAAAUUUCACUCACAAAUUAAUAUUUUUGGUCGCAGUCUGGAGCUCUGUAUAUACAGUAUAUAUGCUAAAAAUAGCAUUGAGACCAGUCAAUUAAAAAUAAAGAAAUGCUUUGUUCUGAGAAAAGGCCAUGCUUCAUUUGUUUGCAGAUGCCACUUGGUUUGAUAUUUCCCAUUUAAUGCAGUAAAAUUCAUUUUUAAAUGUGACUUAAGUGUUUAGAAACUAUAUUUGGAUGGGUAAAAGGAUUUUUUGUCAUCAUGUUUGAUGACAGCAUUAUCAUUGUCUUUUUGUAAACAUUUAAUCUGUUUGUAAUCGCAACAAGACCUCUUAUUAUAACUACAUUUAUACAGAGGAAAGAGGUAUUUGCAAACACAAUUUAGUAGCUAGUGUUCGUUACUGGGUCAAUCAAUUCUUAUUCUGUCCCCAUUAGCUACUGCUAUGUUCCAGAACUGUGAGCAUAAUUGUUUCUAGACACAGAAUAGUGACAGAGAAGAUAUCAAACUCUAAAUGUGUAGACUGAUGUGGAAGCAGCAAAUGUUUUAAAACACAUAUCUUACUAGUGUGUCAGUGCUGUACAUUAUAGUAAUAUCUUUAAAUUUGUUCUGGUGUGUUGAACAAAUCUUAUCACUGCAUUGAAUUUAAGAAGUAUGUUUUAGUUUUAAACUGUAUCUUGUUUGUGUUAAUAGCAUCCUUUUAUAUGGCCUUUUUUAUAAUCAUACUGUGCCAUUCAUCUGUAUUUAUUUUAGUCCAAUAAAUGUCAAGAUUAUGUUACUUGUCAGGGCACAGGUAAUGUUAUGGUUUAUAUUGAAUUUUAUUCUGUAGACACACAAUGUUAAUUUAAUUUUUUAUGCCUUUGUUACAUGUAUUUUACAUUUUCCAGUCAAAAAAUGUCAGUGUCAUCAAAAUGAAGUCUUUUUCUUUUCGCCCCGCUUUCUUUUGUUUUUGAAAAAUGUUAUAUUUAUGUGCAUUGUUUAUACCAUACUUCCACUCUGAGCUCUCACAUUAUAUUUAUUUAUUAAAUAUGGGAUGUGUAUUGGCUUAUUAAUUUAUUUAUUUUUCUUGGUGUUAAAAUGAAUUGAAUUUUAUUUAUUUCAUUUUUUUUAUUUAUACAUGUAUUUUAGAUGUAUAAUUAUGUACUUUAAUUCAUACAUAUUGCAUAAUUCAUAAGUUUUGAUUAGCAUUGAAAGCACAUCUGCCUGUUGAAACAAACCCCUCAAGUUAAGAAAAUAAUUAUUAAUGGCUUUGUGAACUUAAAGGGUUUUGUUGCAACGGGGCACAGACCCCUAGUAGUGUAUGUAUGCCAAAGAAAAUUAGAUUAAUUUUUGUUUCUUCAGCUGAGAGAAUAUCUUUUAGCACAGAAAACAAUCAUGAAUUAGAUGUCCAAGCAGCAUUGUUGUGUAAAUAGUUAUCAAAAUGAUUUCAAUAAAGUUUAGA